AAAGAUGGCGGACCCUCGAGGAAGGAAGCGGAAGAAAGAGAAGCGUGACGAAUUCCUCCAUAUUCAAGCUAAAGGACAGUACUUGAAAAUACCGAAAGGUCAGGAGUGGGAUGAGAAAGACCCUUCAACAGUUGGAGGGAAGGAGAAAACAAGAAAGUCACCAAGCAGAAGAGAUAAAAGACAGCAGGCAAGAGUUCAGAAGAAGGCAAGAAAGGCAGCUUUUUUCUCCAAUAAGAAAGGGAAGACUAUGAAAAUGUUGAGUGGUGGAUGCAUCAGAAACAAGCCAAAGGAAGGCAGUGAUUUAACAGAGAAACCUACAGGGACCAAGCUUUCCAUGGUCUCAAAGAAGAAGAGGAAAAGAAAGAGAACUAAGAAAGUCACAGAAGAACAAGAAUUCCUCAAACUGAGGCUUUUAGCAGAGAACAGGAAAGAGGACAAGGAGAUAAAGAGGCUUGAAAAGCUUUUAAAACUUGGCAGUAAAGAGAAAGUUACCUGUAAGAAAUUCAAAGCAGAUGGUCUUGAUUAUUUAUUAGAAGUUUGUGAGCAUCAGCAAAAGGAACAUGACAUAGAAAGUGGUGAAGGUUUGGAGUCAAGAGAUGAAAUGUUUUCCAGGGAGGUAAAACAUAGUGACAUCAUGGGCAUUGAUGGAAAUCCUAAACAAAACAUGAGUGAAAGUGCACAGCAUGACAGUGAUGAUAGCUAUGCUGAUUCUCAACUUAAUGAUGAUGAUGAUGAUGACAUUGGUCACAAUGUUAUUGAUGAUGAUGAAUGCAAUGAUAGUGAUUCCAGCUAUGGUGAUGAUAUUGAAACCAAACAUUACAGUGGAGGUAGUGAUGACAGUGGUCAUGGCAAUAAUGAUGAUGGUGAGGGAUGUGAAGAGGGGGAUUAUAGCACUGAUAAGAGAGACUUUAUAGAGACAUUUGAAAAUGACAAAGAUAUUUACUUUGAAGAGGAGGACAGUGGCAGCAAAGCUAACAGUUGCAAACAAACAGAUGACUUUAAAAAAUAUGUUCCACCCCAUUUGAGAAACAAGAACUUGUCACAGACCCAAAAUGAACACUUGCACAGACUAUCAUGUCAGAUUAAAGGUCUACUGAAUAGGCUGAAUGAGGGAAAUAUGUCAAUUAUUAGUAAAGAGAUUGAACAAAUUUACAUGCAAAACAGUCGAAAUGAUAUUAACAAGAUCCUAAGUAAUCUUAUUCUGGCCUCAUGUGUUUCUGCAUCCAUGAUGCCUGACAAACUUUUGAUGGAGCAUAUCAUGUUGUUGGCAAUUCUUUCAAGUCAUGUUGGAAUUGAUGUAGCUGCUUUCUUCAUUGAGCGACUGGCAGAAUUGUUUGAUAAACUGCACAAGAGCAACAAAGACAGUUUUGGACAGGGGAAAGAGUGUUAUAAUGUUAUAGCUCUGUUUUCACAUCUGUGCAACUUUAAAGUUACUCACUGCUGUCUCAUUUAUGACAUCAUUCAAAGGCUAGUGAAUUCCUUCGGUGAAAGAGAUAUUGAACUACUUCUACUGCUUCUGAAAUUAGUUGGAGCAGAAAUCAGAAGAGGUGAUCCAUCAGCAUUGAAGGAAAUUAUACUCCAAAUUCAAGCAAAGGCAACUUCCACACCAAUCUUGUCUAGUGAUUCCAGAGUUUGCUUCAUGUUGGAAAUAAUUGCCAAGCUACGCAACAACAAUUUAAGAAAGAUACCAGGCUAUGAUUCUUCACAAAUAGAACACCUUAGAAAAACUCUUCAUUCAUUAAUCAGAGAGUCAGGAUGUCUAGUCUCCAAUCAGCUCAGAGUUAGUCUACAAGACUUGCUGAACAUCAAAUUGAAAGGCCGCUGGUGGACUGUAGGGUAUGCAUUGCCCCAGACACCUCAAAGUAACUCCAUGGAAGUGUCUACUUCUAAACUCCAAAACACCAAGCUGUUAGAACUGGCAAGAAAACAACGCAUGAACACUGAUGUCCGAAAGAAUGUUUUUCUUAUUAUGAUGACAAGUGAGGAUUACAUUGAUGCAUUUGAAAAGUUGAUUCGAUUGAACUUAAAAGAUGUUCAAACUAGGGAAGUAAUCCAUGUUCUUAUUGACUGCUGCAUUCAGGAGAAAAUGUACAAUCCUUACUAUGCCUACCUUGGUCAAAAAUUCUGUGAAAACAGCAGAAGUUACCAGGUUACUUUUCAGUACUCUUUUUGGGACAAGUUUAAACUACUAAGCAGCUUAGCACCCCAUUGUCUUGAAAACCUGUUACAUCUUAUGUGUCACCUCUUUGCUACAAGAGCAUUGUCUCUAUCCAUUCUCAAGGUUGUCAACUUUAUGGUUCUUGAGAAGACUUCUGUUCAGUUUUUCACUGAUCUUUUUCAUCACCUUCUCUCAACUUAUUCUAAAGAUGUAACAAGAUAUAUAUUUGAAAGAAUCUCAAUGAAGAAAGAGCUAGCAUUCCUUUGUCAAAACAUUCGAAUUUUUCUUCAACAUUUUGUGGGAGCAAAAAAAUCCAGUAUCUUAGAAAAACGACUUAACCUGGUGGAUGGUAUUCUCGGAGCUUCACACAAAACCAAACUUUAGAUCUCUUUUAAUUGUCAUUAAUAUCAUGAGCAAUUUCACCAUGAUUACAUAAUUACAAUUUACAUAACUUAUAUUAUUUCUAUUAUUACUGAAUAAACAAUUAACUUUAUCUCUUGAUGACUUCA